CUGAGUUUGAAUUUCUUCUCCAAAACUACGUAGUGCCCCUUUAAUGAUCAGCCUCUGUGCAUGAGACACCUGCUCUACCACCUGAGUUACCAGGACGUCCCAGAGAGCCACUGGUGUAAUAUAUAACUAUGUAUUGUUUUGAAUUUCAGAUGUUUUUAGACUAAAAUCUUCAUCUGAAUAACAAUUAAAUGUUCUGCAGUAAAAGUCUGAUGUUACAGUGUGAAAUGUAAUGUAGUAGAAAUAUAAAGUUACAUCAACAGAAAUACUCCAAAUUGUUCUUAAAGUGGCGACAGACAGCCCGACCCUGUCACUAGUUUAAAUGUAAUCAGUGUGCAUGUCUGUCACUACAGGGCUGAGUGCCGUCUCAUCACAGCUCCGUCGGCUGAGUGCCAUCUCAUCACAGCUCCGUCGUCAGUACCAUUUUGUUUAUGACCAGAAGAACAUGACUGAAGCUCAGAAGUACUGCAGAGAAACAUACACUGACCUGGCAACUAUAGACAACAUGGAGGACGUGAAGAUCCUGAUCAACACAGUAGAUCAAAGCAAAGCGUCUAAUGGUUUCUGGAUCGGGCUGUAUGAUGACCUGAACAGCUGGAGGUGGUCACUGUCAAACACCAGCUUCUAUAGAGACGGGGAGGCCGAGUUCAGACAGUCGAACAAUGGAGAACCAAACAACUCUGACAGUAGAGAGCACUGCACUGCGAUGAUUGAUGGACAAUGGAACGACAUUAAUUGUAUGACUCGCUUGAGGUCGGUCUGCAUGGAUGUCAGAGGGCUGAAUGUGACGUUCGUCCUCAUCGAGACUCUCAUGAACUGGACUGAGGCCCAGAGCUACUGCAGAGAACACCACACAGACCUGGCCAGUGUGAGAAACAUGAUAGAGAACCAGAAGGUAGCGGACCUGGUACCUGCAGGACAAGAAGCCUGGAUCGGCUUUACAGAGACUCCUGGAAGUGGUCGGAUGGAAGCGACUCCUCAUUUAGGCACUGGGCUCAAGGUGAACCUGAUAACUAUGGUGGUAAAGAUGCUUGUGUGGUGGGAAGUUUAAACUCUGGAACAUGGUGGGACAUUCCCUGUGACCUGAUGAGACCGUUCGUUUGCUACAGCCUACUCACUGUGACUACAAAGCAAGUGAUCAAAGUGCGUCUGGUGAGAAAGGACUCCACUCUGGAUCUCAACGACCCUGCUGUGAUGGAACAAAUGUUGAAGGAGGUCCAACAGAGGCUGAAGGACCAGGGGGUGAAAGGAGACGUCAAACUGAGCUGGAGGAAGCAGGCAGAUGGAAAGGUCUUCCACGAGGAGGAGGAGACAAAGGAGAAGAAGACCCGUCGCAAGAGGGACGAGUUUUAAAGGGGCACUACGUAGUUUUGGAGAAGAAAUUCAAACUCAUAAUUUUCAUGUUUACAAUAUUAAUGAGGUA